AUGCUGCUAGAUGAUGCUGGCCUCCUCAACGGGUUACAGGCUGUGACCUCGUGGAACGAGUUCUUUGACCACCCGAAAGGCACAAUCUUGGGACUCUACGCUGCCUCUUUGUACCUCCCAUCGAUUGUGACGGCUUACCUGGGUGAUUUCCUAUCUCAGCGCUUCGGGCGCCGAAUCACCCUGGCUCUGGGAUCUUUCAUUGUCCUUGCCGGUGGUUUCAUCAACGCCUUUGCUAGUAGUGCUGGGAUGUGGGUUGCUGGUCGCGCCAUCAUCGGCGGAGGUGGCGGUCUCGCCAAGGUGGCCGCCCCAGCGCUCAUUCAGGAGAUCGCCCACCCUCGGUUACGACCGAUGUUGGCUUCCUGCUAUUAUCCUUUCUUCUACUUUGGCGCUCUGCUAUCAGCGUUGCUUUGUUUCGCGGCUCUCUACAUCCCAGGCGACUGGUCAUGGCGGACACCGUCGAUCGUCCAAGUUGUGGGACCUUUAUUUGUCCUUGCUACAUUGAAAAGCUGCCCGGAAUCACCAAGAUGGCUCGUGUCCAAGGAUCGAACAGCGGAAGCCUCGGCGAUAUUGAGCAAGUACCACGCCAACGGUGUUGUCGACGACCCUCUUGUCCGAUGGGAAUUGGCCGAGAUCCAAAUGGUACUGGAGAAAGAACGAGUGGGGCUCCAUGCAUCCUAUCGAGACUUCUUCAUGACAGCAGGGAAUCGACGGCGUCUUAUUGUACUCUUGUCUCUUUGUGUCGGCACCAACUGGGUCGGCAAUGGCACUGUCUCCUACUAUCUGACCCCGGUACUCAACUCGAUCGGGAUAACGUCUCCAGUCCAGAUCACGCUUCUCACAUCCGGGCUCGCCAUCUGGAACCUCAUCCUGUCAUUCGGCGCCGCGUUGAAUGUUGAACGUUUCGGUCGCCGUCCACUGUUCCUCGUCUCAAUCAUCGGUAUGCUCGUUUCUUACGUCCUCAUCAUGGGCCUCUUCGCUGGUUUCGCUACCACAGGGAGUCACGCUAUGAGCGUGGCCGUAGUUCCGUCCAUUUUCCUAUACUAUGGCUUUUACGACAUCGCCUGGACACCGCUACCGGUUCCAUACACAGCCGAGAUCCUGCCUUUCAGACUGCGCACCAAGGGCCUUGCCUUGUUCACGUCAGUCGGAACCAUGGCGAACUCGUUCAAUCAAUUUGUGAAUCCCAUUGCGCUGCACGCCAUCCAAUGGAAAUAUUACGCUGUGUAUAUUGCCAUUCUGUUGUUCUACUUGGUCUUCGCGUAUUUCAUGUAUCCGGAGACCAGGCACCAUACCAUCGAAGAAGUCUCCAUGAUAUUUGACAAGCGCAAUGAUGAGAUAGCGAACCUGAAUGAGCUCGCACUGCGCGAAGUGGAGAAGCGCGCUGCCGAUGGGUAUGCGCACCGUGGGAAAGACGAGGUUUCUGAAUGGAAGGGAAGCUGCUCUCAUAGAGAGGACGUCUAG